ACCACUUCCUGUUUCACUUCCUGUUUCCUCCAUUUCACCAAAAACUGCCUCAUCUUCAGAAGAGACAAAGACACGACGCAAGAGGAACGAAGAGAAGAACCCAGAGAAGAACCCAGACCCAGGACAGAAGGACCAGAACCUCGUCACACCUCCUGGAGGACGACUUCAGGAAACUUCAACAAACUGCACUUUUGUCGUACUUUUGUAGUACUUUUUUAGUACUUUUGUAGUACUUUUGUAGUACUUGUGCUGCUGUGGCGACAAUGCAAAGGCCCCGUGUGCUCCUGCUCCUCCUCUGCUCCAUGCCCCUGUCGGCAGAUGCUUUGACCUUGUACGACCCUAAACUCUGCUUCAUCCUCGACGGCGUUUUGGCCGUUUACGGACUUUUCAUCACCGCCAUGUUUGUGCGCGAGAAGUUUUUCAGAGGGAAAGUGAAGUCUGACGAGUCACUUUACACGACUCUGAACAGGGAUCAGGAGUCCGGUGGAUACGCGGGGCUCAGACUUCGGAAAGAAAAUCAGGCUCCGGCUGCGGACCACAGCGACUCUUUGUACACGGGUUUGAACACCAACAGAGAGGACAGUGAGUACAGAGAGCUGCCCAGACGAGAGCAGAGGCAGAGGAAGAAUGAGCAGGUUUAUCAGGGUCUGAGCGCCGCCACCAGAGACACGUACGACUCCCUGCGCCCGGGACACUGAGCCGCUCUACGGCGCCACCGCAGGCCACCGCAGGCCACCGCAGGCCACCGCAGGCCACCGCAGGCCACCGCAGGCCACCGCAGGCCACCGCAGGCCACCGCAGGCCAUUACAGUCCAGCGCUUCUUUAGGCCUGCGGGGGCAGCAGCGUUUCUGAGAAAAUUACACAUUUACACUUUUACUGACGGUGUCCGAGUUUAUGUAGACUAAUGUAGACUGAUGUAGACUGAUGUAGACUAAUGUAGACUGAUGUAGACUGAUGUAGGCUGAUGUAGGCUGAUGUAGACUAAUGUAGACUGAUGUAGACUGAUGUAGGCUGAUGUAGACUGAUGUAGACUGAUGUAGACUGAUGUAGACUGAUGUAGACUGAUGUAGACUGAUGUAGGCUGAUGUAGACUGAUGUAGACUAAUGUAGGCUGAUGUAGACUAAUGUAGACUGAUGUAGACUGAUGUAGACUGAUGUAGGCUGAUGUAGACUGAUGUAGACUGAUGUAGGCUGAUGUAGACUGAUGUAGACUGAUGUAGGCUGAUGUAGACUGAUGUAGACUGAUGUAGGCUGAUGUAGACUGAUGUAGACUGAUGUAGACUGAUGUAGGCUGAUGUAGGCUGAUGUAGGCUGAUGUAGGCUGAUGUAGACUGAUGUAGACUGAUGUAGGCUGAUGUAGGCUGAUGUAGACUGAUGUAGACUGCUGAUGUAGGCUGAUGUAGACUGAUGUAGACUGAUGUAGACUGAUGUAGGCUGAUGUAGACUGAUGUAGACUAAUGUAGACUGAUGUAGGCUGAUGUAGAACUGUAGAUCCCGGCACACGAGCAGGAUGUGUCUUACACAGUUUAUGGUUUUGCUUCUUGUUUUGAUCCACAUUGACUUUUUUUUAUUUUUUUAUAAUAAUUCUGAGAAAAGCUUCAACAGUCCUUCACCAGGGCUCAGAUUCACAAAUACUUUGUCCAAAUGUUCAUGAAAUCAGAUAAACACAAACGAUUGAGGUGAUCAUUUUAAAACUCAUGUGAAACUGAGCUCUGUUUUUUCCUGAGAAUCACUUUUUCAAAGCUUUAACUUGUUCUUUUUAAAGAUCUUUUUAAAAAUGUGUUUUAGAUUUUACUCAAUAAAAAUAUGAAUCAUGA